AUGGCUUCGAAACUUGCAAUCACGGAUCUCCUCGUUCUUCCAAAGUCAGCAGUGAAAAUCCCCCAACUAGGUUUCGGGGUAUAUCAAGCUCAUGGCCCCGAAUGUACAAGUUCGACGUUAGCUGCCUUGAAGGCGGGCUACAGGCAUAUUGAUACUGCGCAGUACUACGCCAACGAGAAAGAAGUUGGAGAAGCAGUCCGACAAUCAGGUCUGAAACGAUCCGAUAUAUUCAUCACAACCAAGAUCCUCUCUCCUGCCAGCAGCAUCGACAAGAACUACCAAAAGAUGCUAGACAGUAUCCAGAAAAUCGAUGGCAAGGACGGAUAUGUCGACCUCUUCUUGAUCCACACUGCUAGCAUGGGCGCCAAGGGUAGGAAAGAGAUUUACCAGGCACUGGAGAAGCUGCUUGAGGAUGGAAAAACCAGAAGUAUCGGAGUCAGUAAUUGGGGUAUUGGACAUAUCGAGGAAUUGAAGAGCUUUGCGAAGAUCUACCCGCCACACGUAAAUCAAAUCGAGUUACAUCCAUUUUCCCAACAGCGGGAGGUAGUCGAUUUCUGUCACAAGAACGGCAUCAUCGUCGAAGCUUAUUGUCCCUUGGUUCGAAAUCAAAAGGCCAAUGACCCUACGCUUAACAUGGUAGCGAAAUCACAUGGCAAGACGGUGGCGCAGGCUCUUAUUCGAUACUGUUUACAGAAGAACUGGGUCCCGCUGCCCAAGAGUGCCACGCCAUCGAGGAUCAUUGAAAAUGCGGAUGUCUAUGAUUUUGAAUUGAGCUCUGAUGAGAUGAGUACAUUAGAUGGCUUAGACCAGGGAAGCAAAGGUGCUAUUGUGCAGGCGGUGUCAAAUACUUAA